AAAACCCCGAAAGCGUUCGUAACUGAUGUCAGAUCAGUUGCAACGGAACACGUAUUGCAGUUAAUUCUGGUUUCUAAAAGCAGAACUGAUCCCGGAACAGCAUCAGUGUAGAACAUAUCUUUUUCACCUUGACAUCAGCUAUGGCGACGGCGACGACGAUUAUUCAGAGAUUAAGGAACUUUUUAGCGGGGCGGAAUCUUCAAACAAAGCUUCAGUUGCGUUAUGAAGAAAUUGCAAAAAGGACUCAACCUCCUCCUAAACUUCCUGUUGGGCCCAGCCAUAAGUUUGCCAACAACUACUACCUUACCAGAGAUGGAAGACGAGAGUCUGUUCCACCCACUGUGAUAAUGUCGUCCCAGAAGGCUCUGGCAGCUGGCAGUGAAGCUUCAGCGCAAACCAAGCGUCCGGUCCUGCCUGGUCCUGCGCUAAAAGAGCUCCCAUUGUCCACCGAUCAGCCAUACCUCUGAACCGUCUGCCACAGUGUGAUCAUGAAAUACUAUAUAAUAUUCUAUAAUAUUGUUUCACAAAUAACCUGAGUGUAUGUGCUAAAUUAAAUACUUGUGUAUAUACA